CUCUCACCCGCCGCUGGUCGCCAUUCCUCCAGAUCGGCGCCCAGCUCGCAGCCCACUAGGCGUUGCGCUCCCUCUCCAACCCCAACGAAACCCCAGGGGAACCCUCAUCCCCCUGUCGUCUCCCUUAUUGGGGGCCAGACAUGGAGAGCAAGCAGUGGGGGAAGACGCCCCAGGAGGCGGUGGGCGCAGGCGGCGGUCGCCAAGUGGAUCUAGAUGAAGAGGAUGACCUGGAGGAGUUCCGGCUGCCCAUGGGCCACCGCCCCACCGAGAACCUCGACACGGAUGGGCUCCAGCAAGCCUCUGUCUACACCCAGCUCACCGCGUCCAACGUCGGUUUCAGGCUACUGCAGAAGAUGGGCUGGAAGACCGGCAAGGGGCUCGGCAAGAACGAGCAAGGUAUACUAGAGCCAAUAAGAGCUGACAUGAGAGAUGCAAAAUUAGGUGUUGGGAAGCAAGAGGAAGAUGACUUCUUCACAUCUGAAGAGAAUGUGCAACGAAAGAAAUUGAAUAUUGAACUUGAGGAGACUGAGGAACAUAUAAAGAAACGGGAGGUAUGCAAUCUAACACCUGGUGCUAGUUUCUCUACAUUCAUGCAGUUUUUUCCCUGGGCUGAUGCUUGACAUGCUGGAACCUAGAUAUAAUAGUUGUAAGACCUCUAUAGCCUAGAAGUAGCUGUACUUUCGUGAUGUGAGGAUAGCUAGCAUCAACCAUUAAAGAGUCUUCAGCAUUUUGUGCGCUUUUUAUUUGGUGGUUUCUUUUCCCUGCUUGGUGCAAAUCAUGACAAUCCAGGUCAUAGCAGAGCGUGAGCACAAAAUCCGCAGUGAAGUCAAGGAGAUACAGAAGGUGUUCUUUUGCAACCUCUGCAAUAAGCAGUACAAGCUGGCUCAUGAAUUUGAGAGUCACUUGAGCUCAUAUGACCACAAUCAUAGGAAGAGGUUUAAGGAAAUGAGAGAAAUGCAGAGCAGCAGUGGUAGUCGAGAUGACAGACAGAAACGUGAACAACAACGAGAAGAGAAGGAGCUGGCAAAAAUUGCUCAACUUGCGGAUGCUCAUAGGAAGCAGCAGAAGGAUAAGCAAGAAAAGUCAGAGACGGAGGAUGCGGCACCCAAAAACAUGGCAGCCUCUAGCAACCAGGAUCAGAGGCAAACCUUGAAGUUCGGAUUCUCUAAAAUGGCUCCUUCCAAGGUGGAUAUCUCGAGGAUACCAUUCAAUUUGUUUGCAUUUCAGGACUUUGCUCGAAAUGUUGGUUCCAUGACCUAUAAAUUGUUGAGAUGUUCGUUGUUGAUUGGCAAAUCUUGCAGUGCUGUUGAAUUUUUGUGGCCACAAGCCACUGCUGCAAGUUCUUGUCGAAUUAGACUACAUAUUUCUUUCCCUAGAACCUCCAAUAUUUAGUGUUACUGCAGUUUUAACCUGUAAUAUUGUUUGUUCAAAAUAU